CUGUAACUGGACGACAACUGAUAUCCCGUAUUUUUGCACCAGUCACAUCUGUGGACGCCGUAGCAAAGGCUCUGCUGCAGAAUAUUCGCCAGUUUAAUGGCUUGCAUGGGUGCUCUCUAUGUGAGGCCCCUGGCAAAACUUGUCAGCGCAAUGGCUCCUCCCGAUCAUGGAUUUAUGUUCCGGGUACGCAUGCUUUGCGAACGGGGAGUGGCAUGAAGCAGCAGGCCGUACAGGCUGUGAAUAGCCAAACUGUAGUACAGGGCGUAAAAGGGCCGUCUGUAUUGAGUUUGAUUCCCCGUUUUGAUUUGGCGUCCAGUUUUGUAAUAGAUUACAUGCACUGUGUACUGCUAGGGGUAGUGAAAAUGCUAAUGGCCACCUGGUUUGACAGUAAGUAUCAUGCAGAGCCAUGGUACCUCGGACGACAGUUGAAAACAAUUGACGAGAGGCUGCUGGCCAUCCAGCCACCCGAUUUUAUCACUAGAACGCCGCGCUCUGUCAGGCAUAGAAUGUAUUGGAAAGCAAGUGAGUUCAGGGCAUGGCUACUUUUUUAUUCUAUUCCAGUACUUUCUGGCAUUCUUCCACUGGCUCAUCUGCAACAUUUUGUCCUCCUCGUCUCCGCCAUCCAUAUGCUGUUGAAGCAGUCUGUGAGACGUCACGAAAUUGAUCUGGCCGAAACUUUUCUUAGUCGCUUUGUUGAAGAGUCCGCAUCACUUUAUGGACCACAGUUUUUAACUUUCAACAUGCACCAGUUAACACAUCUCGGUCUUUCUGUAAGACGUUGGGGCCCCCUCUGGGCAACGUCUGCAUUUCUUUUUGAAGAUAGAAAUGGUGAACUAGUUAGAGUUAUCCAAGGCACCAGGGCAAUCGAUAAGCAACUUGCUACUCUUGUCGGGAUCGGAAAUGCACUUAACUCAAUUGAGCGACGCAUGGAUAAGGGCUCUACUGCAUUUUCUGUCUUGAACAGAAUUCGGAAUGUUCAUUUUCCAAAACAGACUACAGACGGAUCUGUAAAACUCCAUGGACGCCCAUGUGAAGCGAACAGAAAGAUAGCAAGUUUCUUAUCGACCCAGUCUAUGUUCGACAAUGCAUUGAUCUACAAGAGGGCAACGAUUGGUUGUGUCACUUUCACAUCUAGUAUUUAUGAAAACCAGAAACUUAGAAAUAACAGAACAGUCAGAUGUACUACUGAAAACGGUAUUUGCUAUGCAUCCAUUGAGUGCUUUGUGAAGAACAGCAUGGAAGUGUAUGCUGUCCUCAACGAGUUUUUUAUCGAUGAUUCUGAGACAAUUUUUCACGAGAGCAUGAACUACUCACUUUCCCAAUUCAUCCCUGUGUAUUCCGCCGACAAUCAGCUUGUCAUUGUCCCCCUUCCCCAAACAGAACUCCACAAGUGUAUUUUUGUUCUCGAUUACAUUGUUUCAACACCGAAUCUGUUUGAGAUGAAUUUGUAAAGCCCAGUAGA